AUGGAGUAUGGUGUAUAUGUUCAGCAUACUUCUGAAGGCAAUAUAAUUCUGAUGUGUCUCUAUGUUGAUGACAUAUUACUAACUGGGAGUUGUGAAUAUGAGAUAACUAAGUUCAAGAAGGUGCUAAUGAAUGAGUUUGAGAUAACUAAUCUAGGAAAUAUGACAUAUUUCCUAAGGAUGAAGUUUAUUUACUCUGAGAAGGGUAUUAUUUUGGAUCAGCUAAAGUAUGAACUUAAGCUUCUGAAGAGAUUUAAGCUGCUGAAUUGUAAGGCUAUUGUCACACCGUCAGAAAUAAAUCACAAAUUGGAUUCUAAUUCUGAAGGUGAUGAUGUAGAUGCCAUAACUUUCAAGCAGUUGGUUGGCUCUCUGAGGUAUUUGUGUAAUGCCAGAACUGACAUUUACUAUGUUAUUGGAAUGAUUAGUAGGUUCAUGAGUAAACCGAAGUGGUUCAAUUACUAA